CACUCCCUCCACAGACUUUAUCACGUGGAACGUUCUGGAACUUUCGGGACUCUUUGAAACCGGACUUGGGAUUGUUUUCAUUCAACUCUUUUUUUGUAAUCAUGAUUUGGUGAUGAAGGGUUUUGAUUUCGUGUAGUGCUUUAUUUAUAAUAACAGCACUGACAGUAGAGAUUGUGCUUUGUGUUCAGUCUAAUCUAAAAUCUGAUACUUUUUUGAUGAAUUGAACUGUAAACACAUUAAAUUAAACCCUAAUAUUAAAAUAAAUCAAUAAAAAAAACAAAUCAAACACGGAGUCACAGCUUAGUGAAUAAAAUGAUCAGAUUUUAUUUAUGAAGGGGUGCUAAUAAUUCUGCUCCACUGCCUCUGCGCGCUUAAGAACACGAAUAGCAACGAUGAAGGUGAAUUAUUAUUAGGAUUGUUGUUGUUGGGAGCCGAAGCGCGUGCGCUCUGCAGAGUCAGGAGGCGCGCGCCCGGUUGUCGGAGACGGAGGAGAAGGAGCGCGCGCCGCAGAUCUACUCGGUUCGGUGACGCAGAGCAGUGCAGCUUCUCCUGCUCCCUUCGUCCCGGCUACAUCACCACCACCCGCGCAUGCGCACUGAGACACCGGACUAACUGGGAUUGUUUUGGUUUGAACCCCCCCCCGUCACUCACACUGCAGUUAAGUGUGUCGCAGGUCGCGCUCGUGCACAGUGUAGAGAACAAACGGAGGAGGAGAAGGAUGUGAUGAAGAAGAUGAUGAAGACGAUGAUGGCGGCGCGGUGUAGAGGAUGAAGGAUGGUCGCGGUGGUGUCGCACCACGCAUGGCCCGAUCAACAAACCGAAGCUCCGGGUCCGAGCGGGAGGCGGCGGAGGCGCGUGAGCUGUCCCUGGAGGAGGUGCUGCGCUCCUACGAGCAGCCACUGAACGAGGAGCAGGCCUGGGCCGUGUGCUACCAGUGCUGCCGCGGGGAGCGCGCGCACACCGCCCGGUACCGGUACCGCCACCGCGCCAAGGGGCCUGACUCCAUCCUACUGCACCGGGACGGUACCGUGACCCUGCGGCCCGACUCGCGCACCUGCACCGCUGAUGGAGAAGCUGCACCUGCUCCACCGGUCCUGGAGACCGAGUUGGUCCAGUCCAUGGGCGUGGCCAUCUACCGUGCUCUGGACUGGGGAUUGGCUGAGAGUGAGGAGCGUGAGCUGAGUCCGCAGCUGGAGAGGCUGAUCGAGCUCAUGGUGGCGGGGGAGAACGACGAGUCCGCCGAGUGCAUCAGCAACACCACCAAGGAUGAAGGCUACAGCGGCCCAGAGGAUGAAGAAGACGAGGAGGACGAGGAGGAAGAGGAGGCGGGACGCAUGCACGCAGUGCGCACACUUGGGCAGGUGAUGACGCUGUGCGCCAGGAGACUGGCCAACCCGGCCGUGGCUCCCGAACACUACCAGGCCGUGUGUAGAGCGCUGUUCCUCGAGACCCUGGAGCUUCAGACCUUCCUCUGCAGGAUCAGAGAUGCCAAGGAGAUGUUGAAGAGGAUCAGGACAGAGGAGUCUCAAGAGGAGCGCUGUGCUGCUGAACUGGACAACCUCAAACACACAGACUGGGCUCGGUUGUGGGUGCAGUUGAUGCGGGAGCUCAGGCAGGGUGUAAAGCUGAAGAAUGUGGAGCAGCAGCCGUUCGAUCCUCUGCCCACUGAGUACAGCCUCACACCGUUCGAGAUGCUCAUGCAGGACAUCCGGUCUCGCAGAUACACACUGCGUAAAGUGAUGGUGGAUGGAGACAUUCCGACCCGAGUCAAACAGAACGCUCACGAACUCAUCCUAGACUUCAUCAGAUCCAGACCUCCACUCAAACCUGUGUCCGAGCGCAGUCUCGCCCCGCGGCCGCAGGAGCAGCAGUGUCUACACGAGCGUGUGUUAGCCGAAAUCCGCCAGGAACACAAACUGCGUCCGGUGGAGAGGCGGAGCUCCAAGAGACCAUUUGGUUCUCUCCCCUGUCUGGCUUACUCCUGUCACUGUGACCUCAAAUCCACUUCCUGUAUUGACUUGUCAAUCACAGAAGGUGGGCUCCGCCCUCUGCCCCGACCUCGGGUACUCCUGAAAGCCCCCACACUUGCUGAGAUGGAGGAGAUGAACCUCUUUGAGGAUGAGGACUCUCCUGACGGUGCUGAGUGUGUGGAGAGUAAGAUGAAGCGCGAUCGUUCAUUCUCGGAACACGACCUGGCCGAGCUGCUGCAGAGUGAGACAAAUGAAACGAGCACCUCUGUGUGUGUGCGUGGAGAGAGACCACGCUCGUACACACACACUGGAACCACACACACACGCCCACACCGAGCUUCACUCCCUGUGAUUGGCUGGUCUCCUGCAUCUCCUGCGUGCCGCUCUCUCAGUGAGGUGGAGGAGAUCAGCGAGGCAUCGGCACCAUCCAAAAGCCUCAGUGCUAACCAGUGGAUGGAGGAGUUCAGCCACCCGGUGGAGAGUUUGGCGUUAACCCUUGAUGAGGUCAUCAGCGUGCGCCGUGUGCUGGUGAAAGCCGAGAUGGAGAAGUUCCUCCAAAGUAAAGAGCUUUAUAACAACCUGAGGAAGGGCAAGGUGUGCUGCUGCUGUAGGGUGAAAUUCCCCCUGUUCUCUUGGCCUUCUUCAUGUCUGCUGUGUAAAAGGUCGGUGUGUGGCUCUUGCAGUGCGAAGAUGAAAAUGCCAUCUAAGAAGCUAGCUCACAUCCCCGUGUACGCUGUGGGCUUCCAUAGCAGCCCGAGGAGCCACAGCCAGCGCAGCGAUGUCUACAAGUCUCUGCGCUCGCUGUCCCGCCGCGCCGUCGAAGACGAGUUUCCGUACCUCUACGUCGCAGGCUGCACUCUGAGAGACGUUUGCGCCGAAUGCACCAAGUUCGUCGCAGAUGUCGUUUCUUCCAGCCGCCGUAGCCUCGAUAUCAUCAACAACACCCCUAAAAGAGAGAAGCCACGCCCUCGCCCUGCCUCUCAUUACACCCCCAUGCCCCCAAGAGGCGGAGUCAACUAAGACAAUGAUUGACUGAGCAAGUGAUGGGUGUUGCUUCGCUGGGCUGCUCUUCUUUAGACACGCCCCCUGAAUUGUUGGCCCCGCCUUGGAGUCAGUGACGUCACUGAUUAGGAGCACUGUAUUCCUGCCUUCACAGAGUGACCUUUGACUUUAUGACAUGAUGGCUGAUUUGCAGUUCUGAAUGCUUGGUGCUGUUUUGCUGAGCAGAUCUAUUAGACACGCCUUGACACGCCCUUAGGCUGCAGUCCCCACCCUCUGACCUGAGGUUACGUAAUACACUCUGCCUACAUGAGGAACAUGGACCAUCAUAUUCCUGCCUUUUGGCUCCUUUGAACCUGAUCUUGCUCCCUGUCCCCGCCCCUAACAUAACUUGCUGUUUGUUAGUAUAGCUCCGCCCACACAAGGACGCGCACCACCAUAUUCUUGCCUCAGCUUUGUGACCCCUGACUCUGAUAGAUAUCGACACGACAGUUGUGUUUUGACGGUCAGAGUGAGUGGUGGUGUUUCUGUUGGCCUUCUUCUUUGGACACGCCCCUUUAAGCCACGCCCUUGAUGUGACAUUUAUUAGUGCAAACAUCAGCAUUUUCCUGCCUGGCCUAUCGAGGACACGCACUAUAUGAGAAACAGGAAGUGGAAAAAAGCAAGUUGAUUGUUUUGAUUAGAACGCAAAUGUAGUGUUCACGUCACUGAUAAAUCGGACACGCCCUUCCCAGCACCUCCCUCCUGAGCAGACAAGACCACGAGCCAAAUCAUAUGCUGAAGUGCACGAUGAAGUGCGCUAUAAAGUGUGCAAAAAUGCUUGAAGCUGCUCUGUAGCGCAGGACCGAUGUUCUGAAAUCACCCGAAUGCCGUUUAAUCCGUUUAUUCUGCUGAAGUGCAAUCAGAAAAAAAAAAAUUCCCGCACGGAACCUGAAAAUACUGCAGUAUGUUAUUGAAAUCUUCCGAACUUGGACUCGAGUUUUAUAUAUUGCACUAUAUAGUGACUGAAUGUAUCAGGGAUUGAAGCCUGUUUAAGGAUGUUAGAGAGACACUGUACACCAUUAACACCAACCAUCUCUAACCCUCCUCCACCCACUCCAUCACCACACAUCUCCAUAUUAGAGCCAUAGACAGAGCCCUGAUGAUGUCCGCACUGUAAAAUAAAAUGUCCCCCACAAAUGUAAUCUGUUUAGAAAUUAUAAUAAUUUAUUUGUAUUUCACCAUUUUAGUCUUGAGAACACUGUUGCUAGGCAACACUGACCGAGGCAAACAAUUUUGAAAGCUAGCAACAUAUUGCAGUUAAGACCAGUGACUGGAUAUAUGAGUGGACAACAUGGCGACGUUCAGUGCGAGUCGCCAUCUUGCAAAAAUUGGAGAGAGCAUGUGCAGUAGAUACAGCCAGACUGUCAUGUCCAAAUCCAUCAAUCACCUCAUUAACCACACUCUUAUAAAACGCAUUUAUCGUAAGGAAAAUUAUUGGGGGAGACAUCAGAGUCCACUGAACUUAUGGAAAUGACAGACCACUCUUCUUGGAAAUAAUUUGUGGAAGAUGUAAGAUUUCCAUCUGUCCUAUUGACUAACAUGGGGGUUAAAAAUUGUACUGCAGCCAACAACUAGAGGGCCUAUCACUCAUAUAUACAGUACAGUCCACUCAUAUAUACAGUCAUUGGUUAAGACUGUAAGGACAUAGUGACGAUGGAAACGACACAGAACCAUCCGGAAUGUCAACAUUUACCUCAGAUGUGUUGAUACAUUCCUAAGAAAAUGCUUCGUGCAGCUAAUAUUACACCAUAAUUAUGCUUAGCAUUAACUGCUAACCCAAGCGUUGUUGGUUCCACCGUAGUGUCACAACUCAUGAAGAGUUUCACUGACAUUAGCUUAACAUGUCCUACUGUCACUCAAAAAGCAUUAGCAAAGUUACUAAUCUGUUUCAAAAUGAUUAGCUGUUAGAUAGCUUGCUAGCUAGGGAAAGUUAGCCGGAGAAUCAAAUUUCUCCAUACAUUUUAGCUAGCUGUGUGUUAGAUUAGACUGCUCAUGUGCUCUAAAUGGGUUGAUGAAUUUAUGAUGUGUCAGAUUCAGCUGAAGUGCUAGAACACAUUUCUGAAUAAUGACAUCUUUGAUUAGCCUGUUAGCUUUAAAUUUAAAUGUUUUAGAACGUGUCCCCCCUUGAUGGCUCAGAAACACCUGGUAACAUCAGUAAACUGCAUGUCACAGGACCCAGAUGGUAGGACUUUGGGUUUUUUACAUUUUAUUUUCAUUUUCAAACAAACAAAUAAGCAAAAAGAAAAUCCAGAUGUUGUUUCUCCACAGAAAACAGAGAGUCUGUGGCAUUUGUCACGUUUUGAAAAUCAGUGUCUGUGAAGAUUCAGAAGUGUGCACUCUGUUGACUAUCUUGGGCCCUAAUAAGGAGAUCUAUGCCUACACACACACACACACACACACACACACACACACACACACACACACACACACACACACGGCUGCAGCUGAAAUCUCCACUCAUGGUCUUGUGUGUUUAGCUCUUUUUUUUGUAAACGCUGUGUAUCUGCAAUAAAUCAGUUUCAAACUC